AUGAAAGAUGAGACGCAUGGAAUUCCAAUUCAAGAAUUUGUUGGUCUAAGGCCAAAGAUGUACUACAUCCUAUACACCGAGAACAGUAAGCUGGUGGAGAAGAAGACAGCUAAAGGGAUAAAGAAGUCGGUGACAAAGAAGAAGAUAAGACAUGAUAAUUAUAAAACAUGCUUAUUCGAUAAGAAGCACACAAAAGCGUCAAUGAAUCAGAUUCGAAGUCACGGUCAUGAGAUCUACUCCAUCAAAUUAAACAAGAUUGCCUUAAGUCCAUAUGACGAUAAACGUUAUAUUUUAGAAGAUGGUGUUAACACAUUGGCUCAUGGACAUUAUAAAAUUAAGAAAUAA